CACCGCCGCCGCCGCCGCAGCCGCAGUGUGUGUCAUGACGUGUUGUUCGUGUGUGCCGCUUCGAUUGGAUUACGCGAGAAGGUGUAUCGAAAAACAAAACGGUCGAGCCCGGACCGAACGCCAGCUCAGGGGGGUCCUCCRCCGAAGCGGCAAUCAUCGCCGUGGGUGAMGAGACGUUUCGCGGGCAGGCCGAGGCUAACAAUAACAACAAAAUGAAAAUGGUUCUGCAAAAAAUGACAUUUUCCAGAAUAAUUUUCCAACGAGGAUUGCAUGGUGCUAACAAAAAAUUAGAUAGUCUCAUAAGAGUUAAUCAUGCUGGAGAACUUGGAGCUGAUCGUAUAUAUGCAGGACAGAUGGCAGUAUUAGGAAACAGUAGUGUAGGUCCAAAGAUUAAAGAGAUGUGGGAACAAGAAAAAGCGCACAGGUAUAAAUUUGAACAACUUAUAAACCAAAAUAGAGUACGGCCAUCACUGUUAUUUCCUUUAUGGUAUUGUGCUGGCUAUGUACUUGGAGCUGGUACAGCACUAAUGGGUCCUAAAGCUGCUAUGGCUUGCACUGUUGCUGUAGAAACUGUUAUCGUAGAACACUACAAUGAUCAAUUACGACACCURAUGGAUGAUCCCAAAUCUGACAAAGAGCUUCUUGAAACCAUCAAAAAGUUUAGAGAUGAAGAACAAGAACAUCAUGAUUGUGGUAUGGAUCAUGGGGCUGAGCAAGCUCCAUUUUAUGAUGCAUUAACAAAAGUCAUCAAAACUGGGUGCAAAGUAGCUAUUGAAGUAGCAAAAAGAGUGUGAAUUUAUCUCCUAUAUGAUAUCAGAUUAUAAUAACUAUGAUUAAAUGUUUAAAUUACCUAAAAUAUAUUUUUAAAGAAUAAAUAUUUUUAUUAA